UCCGUGAAUCACAGUAAUGAGAAUUAUGAAGGUUAGUUGGGUGCAGAUUUCCUUUUGAGGUAGCCACAAGCUGUGUUCGUCACUUGAUCAUGAAGUUUUUAUUCUCUGAAAAUUUAGCCAGGUAAUAUAUGGAAAACAAACCUUUCACUCAACCAUGGAUUGGGAUUCUCUGAAUUUGAAUAGGGUUUAGGAUGGGAAGCUUUGUUUUCUGAUGAUACCUGGCCACAUGGUUUUGAUGUCAAAAAAGGGGAUAUGGUGGCAACCUUAUGCCAUGGGCAGCUUGAAAUCACUAUGAGAUGAUGACGCAGAACAAAACUUGGCCAAAGAUAUGGGUCGAAGAAAAUGGUAUUCCAACAUGAAAUCAUUUUCAAAUUCACAGCCUCCCAGGUAAGAAAAAAAAUGUUGAUUCACACGGGCAAAAUUAAUUGAAGAGGUUAUGUGAUUACAUAGGUAUGUCCAAGAAUAUAUCUAGGAAAGGAAAUUUGGUUAUAGGCAGAUGAAUAUACUUUCUCCUGUCUUCAUAUUAAAGCUGAGUGAUGAAAAAAAGAAGUAAUCAGUUACAGUGAUCACUCUCCAUAUGACGGGGACCUUCAUUUGCAUGCCUCUCCCAGAUUAGGCAGGCAAAUGUCAAAUUAAGACCUUAGACUGCUCCCUUUUAUAGUUGGCAAAAUAGUGAAAGCUGAAAAAGGUGAUGAAAGCUCUAAUGCUAGCUCUUCAGAAGAAUUAUAAUGGGAGCAAUAAUUUCGGUGUGUUGGGAUCAAAGAUAAAUAUACUCAAACUCACAUACACACAAGAAGUUAAAGAAUUUAGCUAGCCUCAAUUAUAGGUUUGAAAGUGCAUCUGUUUUUUCUUCUUCUUCUUCUUUUUUUGUUCUCUUUUUAGAUUAAUUGUCUUUGUCUUUGGCAUGGGCAGUUGGGAAUUGUGGACGAACAAUUAAGGAGAGAGAUUAGUCAUGUUUUUGAUCUAUUUUACCUCCAAACCAUGCCAAAACUUGUAGGUUUAAUGAAAGAAAAUUAUUAGUGAAAGAAAGAGGGAUCAAACAAGCGAUGAUGCAGUAGUUCUUGAAAGGAUCACCUAAUCUUGGUCCUGAGUCUGUUGAUUACUGAAGCUAGUGCUAAUCUUGAUAGAAAGGCGUUGGCUUCACUAAAUCACAGUAAUGAGAAACUACUAGUUUGCUUGGCUUAGAUGUUGAGCCCCAUUGCCAUGGUUUUUCAAGCUCACUUGGCUGUUAUUACUACAUUUUCUAAAUCUGCUGCAAUAAGACCUCUGCGAUCGAAGUUUGGCCAGCCAUGCCAUUCAUUUCUCUCCAAUCUUCUAUAACGGACCAAGAAAUUCAAUGCCAUAAUCAGUCCUCAGUUAUUGGAGUGGAGCCUUGUUCAGUUUCUUGUUCAGACCCAGUAUUUAAUUUGGAAUAGUGGGAGUUGGCAGAAACAGACAAAAUCUGUCUCUCAUAUGAUACCCUAAACCUGAAUCUACUGCAGGAACUAUUCAUUAUCCUUAUGAGUGUCAUGGAUUUUGUUUCCACUGCCAUAGCAUUAAGUUUAGCAGUAACUUUAGCUACGCUUCUGAUUAGACACCGUGCUGGAAGAUUGUGUGAGAAGAAAAAAAGAUACCAUCCUGUUGCUGGAACUGUCUUGAACCAACUCAUCAACUUCCCUAGGCUGCAUCACUACAUGAAUGAGCUUGCAUGCAAAUACAAAACUUACAGAUUGCUCGACUUGUCGAGAAGUGCAGUUUACACAGUAGAUCCUGCAAAUGUGGAAUACAUGCUCAAAACAAACUUUGCAAAUUAUGGAAAGGGGUUGUACCUGCAUAGCAUUUUGUCAGAUGUUCUGGGCGAUGGAAUCUUUGCUGUGGAUGGGGGAAAAUGGCGCCAUCAGAGGAAGGCAGCAAGCUCUGAAUUCUCAACCAAAAUGCUGAGAGACUUCAGCAGUGCAGUCUUCAAAUUUGGUGCAGUUAAACUUGCUCGCGUAAUUGCAACCUGCGACCAAGCAAUAGAGAUCCAAGAUUUGUUGAUGAAAUCAUCCUUGGAUUCAAUCAUUAAGAUUCUGCUUGGUAUCGAACUAGACAGCCUGAGUGGAACAAGUGAAGAAGGUAACCGGUUUUCCAUUGCUUUUGAUCAAGCAAACGAAACUGCCUUGUUGCGGUUUGUUGAUAUCUUCUGGAAGAUCAAACGGUUCUUAAACAUCGGCAGGGAAGCAGUGCUAAGGGAAAAUAGUAAUGUGAUAGAUCAAUUUGUGUACAAAUUAAUCAAAAGCAAGAUUGAGAUUAUCCAUCAUUUAGAAGACAAACAAUCUUCAAUUACGAAAAGAGACUUUGUUUCAAGACUUUUGGAAUCGAAUGAGACUGAUCCAAAGUACUUAAGAGACAUGGUCCUUAGUUUUAUGGUUGCUGGAAAAGACUCACUGGCUGUCACUCCUUCAUGGUUUCUUUAUAUGAUGUGCAAGCAUCUUCAUAUACAAGAAAAGAUUGCACAGGAAGUUAGAGAAGUAAUAAAUCUGAAAGACAAUUCAAGUGUUGAUGAGCUUGCAGCAAGCCUUACUGAUGAAGCCCUUAAGAAAAUGCAGUAUCUCCACGCGGCUUUGACUGAAACAAUCAGACUCUAUCCUGCAGUUCCAAUGGAUGCGAAAAUGUGUUUUUCUGAUGAUACUUGGCCAGAUGGAUUUAGUGUUAGAAAAGGGGAUAUGGUGGCAUACCAACCUUACGCCAUGGGAAGGAUGAAAUUUCUAUGGGGUGAUGAUGCAGAAGAGUUUCGGCCAGAGAGAUGGCUCGACAAGAAUGGUCAAUUCCAAGAUGAGAGCCCUUUCAAAUUCACAGCCUUCCAGGCUGGUCCAAGAAUUUGUCCAGGACAGGAACAUGCUUAUAUGUAUAUGAAGAUCUUUUCUGCUGUGCUUUUAGGCAGUUAUAUAUUUAAGCUAGCUGAUGAGACUAAAGUGGUCAACUACAAGACGAUGGUGAGCCUCCAAAUUGAUGGGGGACUUUAUUUACAUGCCUCCCCAAGAUUAGGGAAUGGAUUGAAGACCUUAAAUCUGAUGCGCUAAACAUCUUUCGCGUCUUCGCUAUAUAAACUCCCUGGCCUAGUAUUGUUCAGGUGCCUGAUUAGUUAUAAUGUUUAGUGUAUGUUGUCUGAAAUCCCCUUUGUAACAAUAACAUUGAGGUUUCUAAGAAUCAUGCAAGACAUUUGCAACAUGUUCCAAUUACAGUAAAUCUAUUCUUUGGCCUCCUUCGGCUCAA